CAGGAGAACCAUCCCAUCCCCGACCUCGGCCCAAACGAGGUGUUGCUACGGAUGUCGAAAGUUGGACUUUGCGGGUCCGACCUUUCCCUGAUGUACAAAGGGAAGCUCGGAGACUAUACCAUGGUGCCGCCUCUGGGUGUUGGCCACGAGGCCUCGGGCGUGGUCACCAAGUGUGGCUCUGCUGUCACGAACCUCAAGCCCGGUGACCGUGUAGCAGUGGAGCCGGGGGACCCGUGCGGAAAGUGCGAGUUCUGCAGGUCGGGCCACUACAACAACUGCGUCACGGCCAGCUUUCACGCGUCGCCCGUGCCCAACCCCGGGUGCCUCGCUCUCUACUUCAUUCACAGGGCCGACUUCUGUUUCAAGUUGCCGGACAACGUGACACAGGAGGAGGGCGCUCUCAUCGAACCCUUUGCUGUGGCCAUACAUGCCUGUAGGCGCGCACGAGUAACAGCAGGGACAACUGUGUUGGUGUGUGGUGCAGGUCCCCUAGGGCUGCUGUCCCUCCUGGCCGCCCGGGCCAUGGGGGCCACGUCCAUAUUGGUAACAGACGUGCGACCGGAGCGCCUGGAAACCGCGCGCAAGAUGGGCGCCAACUACACCAUGCUUGCGGGGAGCGCAGACCCCCAGAAGGAGGCGAAGAGGGUCGAAGAGCUGAUGGGCUGCAUGCCGGAGGUCACGCUCGAGUGCACCGGCGUCGAGAUCGCCUUCCAAACGGCCAUUUAUGCGACCAGGUCAUGUGGGGCGGUGUUGAUGGUCGGGCUGCCCUCGGCUGACCUCAAGCUUCCCAUCGUUCACGCGGGCAUCAGGGAGGUAGACAUUCUAGGAGUCUUCCGGUACCUCAACUGUUACCCCAUUGCCAUCGACCUGAUUUCCAAGGGCGUGGUCGACGUGAAGCCCCUCAUCACACACCGCUUCAAGUUCGACGAAUUCCAGAAAGCCUUCGAGUUCUUCCGCAACGGGACCGACGGAGCCAUCAAGUGCAUGAUUUCUUGCGACUGAAUUUGACGUUGGAGAGAGAGAGAGAGAGAGAGAGAGAGAGAAGAGUGAGAGAGAGA